AUGUCUUUGAAUAAUUCCGGUGCCGCUGAUACGGACAAGAAGAGCGAAACGGAAUACGUCGAGGGGGAAAUUGCGCCGCUUUACGUCAGCCUCUCCCGCAGCGCCCCGCUGCCUUCGGAGGAUUACGUGCGCGUGGUGGCUCUGAGCGGCGCAGGCGACGUCAGUAGUGAUGCUCCGUGCGUGCAGAAGAAUGCUCGCACGGAUGGCAAUUGGAAGAAUGGCAGCUGCAUACAAAACUUAACGGAAUUGGAGGGAAACGAACCUGUGCGACACGAUUUUGCGCUGCAUCUGCGCGGCGCGCGGAAUUGCCGCUUGUUGGACACCAUCUUGGAUGCGUACGAUCUUCACAUGGGUGCUAUAGACCGCGAUGCGGUCGACGGUAUCGCGGAGAAUAAGGCAGAUCGAACCGGAAAAGACGCUGUGGGUCAUUUGCCCCCUGUAGUUCUUCCACAAGCAACAUACAAGGGAUGCAAGGCACUUUUUCUGUACUUGGAGCUGAUUACUACGCGUGUGCCUACAACAAUCUCGAAGCCUCUCCGUGCACCAAUUGAGGAACUUCUUCAGCCGUGGGAAAUGAACUUUUUGCUAAAAGACUGCAUGGACGACACGACCAGUCGUGCAAUUUCGCAACAAAUGAAUGAUGGGAAAGAGGGCAAAACAAAGGGUAGAAAAUCGGUCGGGGAUGCCAGGACAGCUUACUACAGUGCCAUCGUAAAUAACGCACCUGACUCGUUGAAUCUGAUAACGGAACUUGCAAUGCUAAGUGAUUUUCUUAUUGUUGAACCGCUGCGGCAGUUGACUUGUGCUUUUCUUGCAUCCUUGGCGCUUGGCGCCUCCUCCGAGACGGAAUUGUUGCGGCUUUGUGGACUCUCUCGCCCCCUGACGGAGGAAGAAUUGGAUCCACUUUAUGCUCAGUUUCCUUUUCUCCGCCCUGACACCGUCUCUGACUUGUAG